AUGCGAUGGCGCCAGGAGUACACCAACAAGAUCAUCAAUGAACUGAAGACUACCGAUGGCAUUCCGGAGGUAUACGAAGAUGUCCUCCAUGGGAAGCAAUAUCUGGAUGUGUGCCAAUCUGGCAAGAUUAAAGACAGUGAUGCGGUCCUCAUGUUCUCAAUUGACAGAGCGCAACUCUAUGAAUCAAAGCAGUCCAACUGUUGGAUAUACAUUUGGGUAAUCUUCGAUCACGCGCCAGACGAACGGUACAAGAAGAACCUACACCAUCUUCGCGCGAUCCAGACUGAAGGGCUACCAAUCUGGGACAGCGCAAAGAAGAUUCUAUUCAGAUCUAAUCCCUUUUUCUUCAUUGCAACAGCAGACAGCCCCAGUAUGGCAUUCCUCACUGGCCUCGUCGUCACCAUGGCAGAUUCGCAUGCCGUCUCUAUUGCGGACUCCCGGGGAGGCACAAACCAGGUGCACCGACUUACUAUCCUGCCCUACGUCAACCUGAAGCAUGUGAUCCAUUGUUCCAACAUGGCCGAAUACGAGCUUGCAUGCCUCAAGACAGGCAUUACGAAACCAAGCAUCUUCUGCGGCUCUGACACUGACCGUAUUUUGCUGGUGCCACUGUGCUUUGGCUCUGACAUCAUGCACAUCGCUGCCAUCAAUACCGGCGACCUCCUUCUACCCCUCUGGAGAGGAACCUUUAGAGCCGAGACUAUGGAUGAUAAAUCUGUGUGGGCCUGGGCUGUUCUGAUGAAGGCGACUUGGAAGGCACAUGGAUCUCUUAUCGCAGAUGCAACACCCUUUCUGCCGGGUUCGUUUGAUCGACCUCCUCAUAACCCUGCAGAGAAGAUCAGCAGCGGGUAUAAGGCAUAG